AUGUCAGUCGCGGCGGGGGGCGCGGGUUGCGCCCCAGCUGUGCGCCCCGGCUCGGGCUGCUCGGGGCGCCGGGCGGCCGCGCCUUUGUCCCGGCGCCGAUCGGCAGCUCCCGGGGCCGCCGCCGCCGCCUCCCGCGCCCGGCCUCGCCCGCUUCCUGCGCCCCCUCCCCGCGCGCCCGGCCCCGGCGCGCCCCGGGCCCCGCUUCCUGCGCGCCCGGCGCCCCUCCCCGCCCCUCCCCGCCGCCCGCCUCCCCGCACGCCCGGCCGCCGCUCCUAUUGUCUAAUGGCGGCGACGCCGGCAGUGGCCGCGGCCUCGGCUAAGCGGAGGCUCCGGCUCCACCUGCUGCUGCCGCCGCUGCCGCUGCUGCUGCUUCCCGGGCCCCGUGCGCGCCGCCGAGGGGGGGGGCGCGCGCCCGGGGAGGCCCGCGGAUCCCCACCCAUCCGCCUCCCCCGGGCCGGCCGGCGCAGUGACCUUGGGCCCGGCGCGCCGCCGCCUCGCUGCGGCCCCUCCCGGCCGGGUGGCCCAGGCAGCCGCCAGGGCCUCGGUUUCCCCAUGUGUCAGAGCCGGGGGGCCCGGCUGCCCCCAUCGAAACCGCCGGCGCAGUCAUGGCGCGACCCGGACGCGUGCCAGGGACAUGCUCUGUAAUCUUGGCUCACGGGCUGUUCUCUGAGCCUCGGUUUCCUUUUCAGUAGAAAGGAGGUGGUGAUACCGACUUCCUGGGAGCCAUGCCUUCAACACACAUUUACGGAGCGCCUACUGUGUUCCAGGCCCCGCUCCAGGACGUGGGGGUGGGAAGGGGUACAAAGUCCCGACUCUGGUGGAGAUGACAUGAGACGGCAAACACGUGAACCAAAUCCCUGGCAGGUACCAAGGAGUGGAAUUGCUGCAUCAGAUGGAAACUCCAGGUUUAACUUUUAGAGAAACCACCAAACGGAUUUCCACCGUGGCUGCCCCAUUUUCCAUUCCCAGCAGCUCUGGAGGAGGGUUCAGAUCUCCCUACAUCUUUGCCAAGACUUAUUAUUGCCUGUAACUUUUUUUUUUUUUUUUUUGGCCCUGCACAUGCGCGGGAUCUUAGUUCUCCCAACCACGGAUGGAACCUGGCCACAGCAACAAACAAUAGUAAUGAUACUGCGGAUGGCACAGACUUCCCGCAUGCUGGGAACCAGUCUUCUUUACGCAUUUAUUUACUAGUAACCCAUUUUGCAAAUGGGGACAAGAGAGGCUCAGAGAGAGUGUGGCCCAUCUGGAGGUCACCAGCCUGGCAGGGGCUGGGAACCCAGGCCUCUAGGCCUUGUCACUGCCCCCCAGGGCUGAGCUUGACAAUAAGUGUGUUUUGUUUUUGUGCUUAUCCUUCUCCCCGGAGCUUCUGCCUGCACCCUUGGGAGCCUGGCGUUGGCAGGGCCGGGAGCCACUGUUGGGGUGUUUAAAGGCCUUUAAAAGGUGUUCCCAGGGGACUUCCCUGGUGGCGCAGUGGUUAAGAAUCCGUCUGCCAAUGCAGGGGACACGGAUGGGUUCGAGCCCUGGUCCGGGAAGAUCCCACAUGCCAUGGAGCAACUGAGCCUAUGAGCCACAACAACCGAGCCUGUGCUCUAGAGCCCGCGAGCCACAACUACUGAAGCCUGCGUGCCUAGAGCCUGUGCUCCGCAACAAGAGAAGCCACCCAAUGAGAAGAGUAGCCCCCACUCCCCGAGAAAGCCCGCAGCAAUGAAGACCCAACGCAGCCAUAAAUAAAAAAAAAAAAAAAAAAAAAAAAAA